AUGGCGAAGGCGUAUGAUAGAGUAUCACGGAUCUUCCUCUCUAAGGUGCUUAGAAGUUUUGGCUUCUCAGAAAGAAUAAUAGACAUGGUGGUAAGGCUGGUGUCUAACAAUUGGUACUCAGUUAUCAUAAAUAGGCAAUCCUUUGGUUUUUUUCAGUCAACUAGAGGAUUGAAGCAAGGGGACCCUCUCUUACCAACCCUCUUUAUCAUAGCAGCUGAAGUUCUGGCUAGAAAUCUAAAUAAGCUUUCUAAGGAUCAAAAUUUUAAGGGAUUUGGAUUACCAAAGUGGAGCCCAGAGAUUAACCAUUUAUCUUAUGCAGAUGAUACUAUUUUGUUUUAUUCAGGACAUCCUAAUUCAAUGAAAAAGAUGAAGAAUGUAUUAAGGGGCUAUGGAAUAGUGUCUGGAAAAAUGAUAAAUAUUGACAAAUGUCUCUUCUAUUUGCAUGAGAAGGUACCAGUAGGAACUUGCAGACAAAUAAAAAAAGAUUACAGGUUAUGGAAUGCUAUCAUUGAAACAGAUUCAUUAAGUCUCAAGAAGAUCAUUCUGAAGACUUGGAGGAUUCCUUGGGAAAUAAUAGAAAAGGUGGAGGAAAUACGGGAGCUACUUCAGAAGACCAGAGCAACAAUUACUCAUGUCUUCAGAGAGGGUAACUGUUUGGCUGACGCCUUGGCUAAUAUAGCCAUUGAAUCACAAACAGAUCAUGAAUAUCAGGCUUGGCAAGAGCUCCCUCUGGUGUUAAGGAAGAUCCUAAAUUCAGAUAAAGCACAAAUUCCUAACUAUAGGAUCAAGACUCGCAGAAUCACUCAUAAUGAUACAUAA